AUGCCAAAAGCACGGAGUGCAGAUAGCAACGUCACCAAUUGUGGUGACGACGCUGGGUCAACAGACAUUUUGCAGCCAUUUCCCAGAGAUGCUGAACAUGGCCGAAUUGCCUCCGAGGUGACUCCGCUCAUUUCGGCGGGCCCGGUUAUCGCCGAGACCGAGGAGUUGAACCCGGUUUUGCCCGGGCGCUCCUCCCCAAUCUCCAAAUCCAAAUCUGUCGAUGUGGACGUCGCCUCCAUUUCUUCCUCCCACUCAGACAAAGACUGGGUUUCUCAUGUGGGCCAGCUCCCGCUCUGGGCAUCGCCCAUCUGCCGCAUGUGUGUUUUGCUAGCGUUGGUUGGCAUUGGUAUCACCGUGGCUCAGCCCCUGAUGGAGGUGAUCUACUACAAAUUAGCCUGUCAGAGUUUGGGACAAAAUUGCACCCCGAAACUCACCCAGGAGCUUGUUUCCAAGUACGUGAUGUGGGACAGCGUGAUAGAUCUGGCGGUGCUGUUGACGGUGUGCACGAAAGUGACGUCGAUGUCGGAUAUCCACGGGCGCAAGCCCUUCAUCACCGCUUUUGUCGUGAUGGUGUGUGUGAGCUUCUACAUCAAGUACUUUCUCAUGCUGAGGCUGCUGGGGUUCCCCAUGUGGGGGUUGUGGGCGUCUACGGCGGUAGGCUCAUGUGCUGGAGGCGUGCUGGCGUUUUUGGCGCUUUUCAAGGCCUACGUUACUGAUAUCACCGUGGCUCACGAAAGAGUCAACGCCAUAAGCUACUGUGUGGUUUCUUUUACCGUGGGCCAGGUCUUGGGGCCCUUGGUGCUGUCGUUUUUGCUCAAUCUGGCGAAAAGAGCUCCUCAAACAGACAACCAGGUGCCUGAACUUGAGCUUUUGCCGCUUCGGGCCAGCUUGCUUGUGUUCACCGUGGCCUCCCUCUUCAGCUUUGUGCUUUUGCUUGAGCUGCGCUCCCACAAAUCCAGGAUGAAGUCGAGAUCUGCCUCGGUGGUACUGCUCCAGGCUCCUCGACCUCAUCUUCCUACACUUUGGUCGAAAAUUGGACACUAUGUUUCCAGCUUUGUCGAGCCUCUUUGGCUCCUCACGUUCCCCCAAGAAUUACGUACCGAGGAGAACGCCUUUAGGUUCAAAGCUAUCAAGAAAUGCGUGAUUCUUCUAUCUGCCACCGAAUUGCUUCUUUCAACGUCGAUUCUCGUGACCCAGAUCAUCGAGCCCCAGUAUACAAUCUACAAAUUUCACUGGGAUUCCGUUGCCAUCUCCAACUUCUCCAUUGCCCGCUCCAUGUGCGUCAUCUUCAGUUUGUCUGUUUUCCUCCCGCUCUUGUACAAGCAUGUUUUCCCCAGAUUCAAAUCCUUACGCCCCCAGGCCAACACACUAGACGCUGCUGACGCCAUGGUGAUGGCCACGGGGCUUUGUGUAUACGCGUGUGAUCACUUUGCCAAAGCAGUUGCCAAAAAUGGGUCUAUUUUUGUCGCUUUAUCCAUGGUGGGCGCCUUUGCAGGCGUAGUGGGGCCUGUGGCAGCAGCAGCGCCGGUGAAGUUCUUCCCUUCGUCGAAAGUGGGAGAGUUUUAUGGCGCCAUGGCGCUUGCGCAAGGAAUCGUGACGCUUUUCUCCCCCAUGAUCUUUACCAGAGUGUAUACUUUCGGGGUAAAUCACGAUUUUCCAGGUGCACCGUACAUUUUCACGUCGACGGUGUUUUUCAUAUUGUUUGCAUGUAUAAUUGCUGCCAGAAGAGCAGUCAGAGGGGUCCCUGCCGAGGCGGUGGGAGCCGGAGAAGUUUGA